AUGAGUGGACUUGCAAUGCAGUCUACACAGUUUGGUAUGGGCGCAGGCGCUGGUUCUGGAGCAGGCGCCGGGCCGGGACUGGCACCUGUGACAUCGGGCGCGCCCGGCCUCGGUAUCGAAGCGCUCUAUAACAAUCCAAUGUUUGCGGGAGGGCUGGGGCUCGCUAGCCUAGGUGCAGCGGCAGCAGUUGCGCGCCGUGGGGUCAUUAGGGGCGCCCAGCUGUUGCGAAAAAAUCUGCUCGUCAACGUCGAGAUCAGCAGACGCGACCCGUCGUAUCCCUGGGUUUUGGCAUGGCUGUCACAGCCCAGGCCCGCCCAUGGCUUUCUCAUUUCGAAACUCACCCGCAUUCGGGAUCUUUCAGUCGCUACUGCCACUGAAUCGUCCAGAACGGAUCCGCUUGGCGCCAGCGACGAUGCAACAAGGGCCAGCUUCUUCUUGCAGCCCGGCUACGGGAGGCACAUUAUCCGCCACUCAGACGGUACUUAUAUUGCAGUGAAUCGCGAAAAGCAGUCCACCGCCAAUCACCAGACUGGAGAACCGCACGAGACCGUCACCCUGACUACGCUUUGGUCACAUCGCCACGUUUUCGAGCACGUCUUCUCGGAGGCUCAUGCCCUAGCCAAGAGCGCACAGGCGGGCAAGACGCCAGUCUACAGCAUCCAAGGCAUGUCCUGGGCACAGCUGGGCCUCCCACGCCGGAAGAGACCACUCGCGUCAGUGGUGUUUGACAAGGGGCUCAAGGAGGCCAUCGUGGCAGACGUUCAAGACUUUCUCUCCCGGCACCAGUGGUACGCCGACCGUGGCAUUCCGUACCGCCGCACAUAUUUGCUACAUGGCCCGCCCGGAAGUGGCAAGUCUUCCUUUAUACACGCGCUCGCUGGCGAACUGGACUACAACCUGGCAAUCGUCAACCUGGUCGAGAGAGGUCUCACUGAUGACAAGCUGGCAAACAUGCUCAUGAGACUACCGCCACGCUCGAUCCUGCUGCUCGAGGACGUUGAUGUCGCUUUCGGAAAUCGACAGGAGAUGUCACCGGAUGGGUACAGCGGGGCCACAGUGACGUACUCUGGCCUCCUCAAUGUUUUAGACGGCAUGGCGGCUGGCGAAGAUCGCAUUGCAUUUUUGACAACCAACCACGUCGAACGACUUGAUCCAGCCCUUAUCCGACCUGGCAGAGUCGAUGUCAAAGUUCGCGUGGGCGAGGCCACACCUGAACAAGCGGCCGAGCUUUGGUCCAGGUUCUAUGGUGAUGUUGACACAUCAGGCAGCGGCCGGGAAAGAUUCAUCGCCAAACUCUACAAACUCGGCUUCUUCGACGAGCCAGCUGAGGGUAGAACGACUCUACGUAUCAGCGCUGCUGCGAUACAAGGGCUCUUCCUAACCAACAAGGAGGACAUGGAAGGAGCUAUAUCCAAUAUGGAGGCACAUCUGAUUCCCGGACACUCUCAUCAUGGCUCGGAGCCACACAAAGGGACGGCGCAGUAA